CCUAGUUAGGAGCGGACUUUCUUUGAAUCUUUGUCAGCCAAUCAGUCGGUCGUCGGAGACAGUGCAGUGUCGUUCGGUACAAUGCGCUCAAUCAUCCUAGUGCUGGCUCUGCUGCUUUCAGCUGUCCACGGCUACAAAGUGUUAUUUCUGGUGCCCUUUACCGGUCCCAGUCACUGGCUGAUGCUGAAACAUUUCAUCCGGGAGCUAACGGAACGGGGCAACGAGGUUACCUGUAUUACGAGCUUCAAAUUUGGCGAUCCUAUUCAUAACUACACCGAAGUGUUGAUUGAUCCCGCUUAUCCUAUACGCGAAAAAUUUCCUCUUUCAACGAUUUUCGAAACAAAAAGCUACAGCAAUGACUUCAACAACCUCUUCCUUUACUGGACAAUGGGCCUUGAAACGAGUCGCUUCGGUUUGGAGAAUACUAACGUGCAAACGUUUUUGAAACGAGAUGACUUGCAGUUUGAUUUGGUGAUUUCGGAACAGUUUUUCCAGGAAAGUUGGCUCAUGUUUGCUCACAAGUACAACGCUCCAAUCGUCACAAUAAGUACCUAUGGAUAUUCUGACUUCAUGGAUCGUGCUAUGGGUAUUCUAACACCGUGGUCGUUUGUUCCACACAUGUUGUUGGACUACGAAGAUAAUAUGAACUAUUUUCAACGCACAUACAACGUGUUCCUGUCUACGCUAGACUACACCAUCCGGGAAUUCUACUACCUUCCGAAGCAAAACGAUAUCGCCCGAGAAUUUUUCGUUGACAUCGCACGCCAACGAAGCCCUUUGCCAUCUGUGCAAAGCCUGGAGAAAUCCAUUUCGGUGAUUCUCGUCAACAGUCAUCCCACCUUGGCCAAGCCACGCCCCUCCAUGGUAGGACUUGUAGACAUUGCCGGUGCUCAUAUCCGACCACCCAAGCCACUCCCCGAUGAUCUUCAAAAGUUCAUGGAUGAAGCAAAGCAUGGAGUGAUUUACUUCUCACUAGGAGCGUAUCUUCAGAGUUCACAAAUACCAACCGAAAAGCGGAACGCUCUACUCAACGUGUUCUCGAAACUCAAACAACGGGUUGUGUGGAAGUUUGAAACGAACAACCUGGAAAAUGUGCCAAGCAACGUUAUGAUUCGCAAUUGGGCACCACAAAAUGAUAUUCUGGCUCACAAGAAUGUGGUUCUUUUCAUUUCCCAUGGCGGCCAGUUUGGCACGUUUGAAUCGAUGUAUCAUGGCGUUCCGACACUUUUCAUGCCCUUUUUCGGCGAUCAGCACCGGAAUGCACUCCGAGCCGUUCGAAGCGGGUACGCGAGGAAAACCAUGUUCGUGGACAUCACCGAGGAAACGUUCACGGGGGAGAUAAAGCAAAUGGUUGACGAUAAGCGGUAUUAUAGCAGAGCUAAGGAAAUUUCUACUUUAUUCCGGGACACCCUUGUGAACCCAAUGAAUGAGUCGAUGUUUUGGAUGGACUACGUCGUACGUCACAGAGGAGCCGUGCAUUUGAAGUCGAAUGCAGUGAAUCUCUCGCUUGUGCAGUAUCUACUUUUGGAUUUAUUAGGUGCAGUUGCAGUAUCGAUUGCGGUUUUGAUCUGUGCUGUUAAAAUGUGUUGCUGUCGAAAAGCUAAAACCUCGACUGGCAAGCAGAAAAAACAUUAAAUGCGUAUUUGAGCUCACAAGCUAUGAUGUGGAAAAGUAAAAAGAAAGUGUUUAGCGAAGAGAAGAUGAAAACUGAUUGAAAGCAGAAAAUAAACCCUGUUUUUUAUGUUGAA